GCUUCCCCCGUGGUGGUAGGCGGUGCUGGUGUUCCUCGCUCUUGUGUCUCUCGCCCUCUCCCUCCACACUCUACCUUAACUUACCGAGGACAUUAUAUUUAAUCACAGGAGUGAUGGGCAGCCCGCACGGUGCGGCGGAGGUGAGCGACGUCUUGGGGGAGGAUCACUACGUCUGUACCCUUCCCUCGGAGGUCAAGAAAAUUGCCUCCAGGGACCUGAACGAAGACGAUGCGAGCCGCGCUGCCGGUCUCCAGCAGAUGCGGAACUUCGUGAGGAGGAACCCGGCCAUCACCAAGUGCAGGCUCGAUGGGAACUUUCUGUUGCGGUUCCUGCGGAUGAAGAAGUUUCGUGUGCAGGAGUCGCAGGACCUGCUGGUGAAGUACCUCCACAUGCGGAGGGAGCAUCCGCAGUGGUUCACCGGCCUCGACGUCCGUGACCCCGACAUCGACGAACUCGUCUCUUGUGGCUAUUUCUUCGCCCUGCCAGAACGGGACGACUCCGGCCGCAGGGUGUUCCUCAACAUUGCAGGCAGGUUGGACACCACUCGCUUCAACUCCGCCCAGAUGAUGAGGACCAUGCAGAUGGGUUGUGAAUCCCUUUUAGAAGACGAGGAGAACCAAGUGCGAGGUUUCACUUAUAUCUUCGACGAGAAGGACGUUGGGUUCGCCCUCGUAGCCUUGUGGACCCCGUCAGACGUCGCCAAGGCAUUCCAGUGUUGUGAGAAGUCCGUGCCGAUGCGUCACAAGGAGAUCCACAUCCUUAACCUGCCCACCGCCCUCCACGCUGUCUUCGAAAUUACCAAGACGUUCCUCUCCGAUAAGAUCAAGAACAGGUUCCAGGUCCACAGCGACGAGGCCGGGCUGAGGCAGAGUGUUCCUACCCGGAUCCUGCCCAAGGAGUACGGCGGCACCAUCCCUAUUGCUGACAUGAUCCAGAUGUACAAGAAGGAGCUGUUGGCGGUACGAAGUCGCGUGGUGAUGCUCGACCAGAUGAACAUCAACAAGAAGCCCAAGACCAAGAAGAUCGAGAAGGCGAUCAACACCAUCCAGCGGAACUUUAAGAAACUUGACAUUGACUAAAUGGGGAUUAUUCAUAAUCUAGAAUGUGAUCUAGAAUGUGAUUUAUCUUUUUGUAAUAGUUCAACAGCUCUUAUGAGCCACUCAACCAGUUCAAAACACAGUGACACUAUUGUUGAUCAAGUGACUGUUGGAUAUCUAUUAACUUUAAGGGACUUGUGUCAUAUGGGUCGCUGAGUAGAGCGGCAGCGUUAUCCGUUCACUUGAGAAACAGAUCAUUAUUUUGUUCAAUAUAUAUAUAAUAACACCUGUAUCUAAUGGUACCGAGAAAAUAAAACUCUAAAGGCUAUGGCAGGAAAGCUUUUGACCAUCUAACAUAGAAGAUCUAAAUAGCAAUAAUAUGAGUUUUUGAAAUUGAAAAAAUCUGAAACAGAACCUUGACUGCUGUUCACGGGCUAAAAUGCAUUGCGAUGCUAAAGUUCAACCCUCGAAGAGGAGAAGGAAUGUUACCUUAUUUGUGUUGAUUCUGCCACGUUCCCAACUGUGAUAGCCGCAGAGCUGCAUCAGAGCCACGGCAUGAAGAACCAAUGGAUGUUGACCCCCAGCAGUUGGAACCAGCGGAUGUGACCAAUAGUGCCCUGAACCAGUGACGAACAGUGGCCCGCACCAACGGGUAUGGCCCGCACCAACGGGUAUGGCCCGCACCAACGGGUAUGGCCCGCACCAACGGGUAUGGCCCGCACCAACGGGUAUGGGCCGCAGUGGCCAGAACCAACGGAUGUGACCCAUAGUCUACAUGACCACCCGAUGUGAACCACGACCACCAAGACCAAUGAAUGUUGCCCGGAGUCCUGAACCCACCAAGACAAGAGGCGCUGCUCAGCCCCGGCAGCUUUCACAACGUUCUGCCGUGACUAGUGUGUUUGCAAGUUGCUCCAGUGAUAAUAAAAAAAGCUAAAUGUCAGAACGCAUAAACACCUGUUUUUUGUGAACAAAUUCUGUAAUAUUUACAUCAAAAGUCACAGUUAAUAUUUAUACUUUAAUAGCGCACUUGUGGUAUCAGCUGAUAUUUAUAUCGGUAAUGAAUAGUACUUGAAGCAUCUGAAGAUAUUUUCCAAGAAGCUGGAAGAAGUAGUCAGUGAUGUAUGAGACAUGUAUAUGUGCCACACGUCUUUAAAGGAAGCCGAACUUGGGUUCUUAUAAACAAAGACAUUAUCUCGAGUAUGGCUUCUCAUUCAACAUUGGUGUGAACUGCUUUAUAAUUUUUCAAACCUGUGUAAUGAUAAGGGGGGAAAAUAACUCUUAUCUUUUGCUUUUAAUAAUCUCUUAUUAUUAUUUUUGUAUUAUUAUUUAUGUACCAAUGUGUUUCGUGAAGAGCGUCACCUUUCGUGAUGUUCAUAGCUCUUGUAUCUCGCUCUCUGGUGGCUCGUGUAGGAGCUCUCAGGGGCCAGCUCUUGUAUCUCGCUCUCUGGUGGCUCGUGUAGGAGCUCUCAGGAGCCAGCUCUUGUAUCUCGCCCUCUGGUGGCUCGUGUAGGAGCUCUCAGGGGCCAGCUCUUGUAUCUCGCCCUCUGGUGGCUCGUGUAGGAGCUCUCAGGGGCCAGCUCUUGUAUCUCGCUCUCUGGUGGCUCGUGUAGGAGCUCUCAGGGGCCAGCUCUUGUAUCUCGCUCUCUGGUGGCUCGUGUAGGAGCUCUCAGGGGCCAGCUCUUGUAUCUCGCCCUCUGGUGGCUCGUGUAGGAGCUCUCAGGAGCCAGCUCUUGUAUCUCGCCCUCUGGUGGCUCGUGUAGGAGCUCUCAGGGGCCAGCUCUUGUAUCUCGCUCUCUGGUGGCUCGUGUAGGAGCUCUCAGGGGCCAGCUCUUGUAUCUCGCCCUCUGGUGGCUCGUGUAGGAGCUCUCAGGAGCCAGCUCUUGUAUCUCGCCCUCUGGUGCCUCGUGUAGGAGCUCUCAGGGGCCAGCUCUUGUAUCUCGCCCUCUGGUGGCUCGUGUAGGAGCUCUCAGGAGCCAGCUCUUGUAUCUCGCUCUCUGGUGGCUCGUGUAGGAGCUCUCAGGAGCCAGCUCUUGUAUCUCGCUCUCUGGUGGCUCGUGUAGGAGCUCUCAGGAGCCAGCUCUUGUAUCUCGCCCUCUGGUGGCUCGUGUAGGAGCUCUCAGGGGCCAGCUCUUGUAUCUCUCCCUCUGGUUCGUAGGAACUCUCAGGGGCCAGCUCUUGUAUCUCUCCCUCUGGUUCGUAGGAACUCUCAGGGGCCAGCUCUUCUAUAUCUCCCUCUGGUUCGUAGGAACUCUCAGGGGCCAGCUCUUCUAUAUCUCCCUCUGGUUCGUAGGAACUCUCAGGGGCCAGCUCUUGCAUCUCUCCCUCUGGUGCCUAGGAACUCUCAGGGCCAGCUUCUCCUAAACGAUGUAGUGCCAUCAUACUCACCAUCUCGCGUUGUUUACAACUCGGCUCUGCACUAAGUAGCUGUAAUAUCACGAACAAAGCUGGAAGUGUUUUUAAUAUGAAUAUCAUCCCGGGAGUGCGCAUGUAGUGUUUCUUCCACGUUUUUAAUAGCGGUAAUACCAAUGGUCAACAUGUAAGAGCACAUUACACUUAUCGUAACGAACUCUAGUCAUAAUUUAGGAGUUCUUUCUUUUUGUAUGUCUUUAGUACUCGAUAUAAGGCACUCGAAACAUCCUCAACGUACAAGAAGAUGCACUCCAAAAAAGCAGAAAAGCAAGAGCGCUUCCGUGCGCUCGGCUCGCACUCAAGCGCACAAACAUACACACAAACACACACACACACACACACACACACACACACACACACACACACACACACACACACACACACACACACACACACACACACUUUGUGU